UCAGAAAGUGACCUCAGACUUAGUUUUUAUAUAUGUCAGCAGCGUUCAAGACAUCCAUCGCAACUCGCAAAAAAUGGUUAAAAAUUUAAAAACUAUUUUGUUAGGUGUUUUAAUAAUUUUGUCUACAAUUGCGAAAAAUGAAGGCAAAGAUCAAAUUGAAAAUAAGGAACAUGAACAUCACCAAAUAACAGAGAUUACCAUCGAUGAUGCCAAAUACCAGGCAUCUUUGCGCUUGGUUUCAUUGGAAACGACCAAAGGCUAUGGCCAUGGACACAUAUGCGCAGGAUCCAUUAUAACUCAGAGAGUGAUUCUAACCGCUGCCCACUGUGUGAUGGAUACCACCAAAAAACCUCCCGCCGACCGAAAGCCUCAGGAGUUUGUAGUUGUAGUGGGCUCAGCCAAUUUGUAUGACGAGAAAAAUAACAAAACUCUGCAAUAUAAUGUGGAGAAAAUUUCCAAACACAAGUCUUUCGAUUGGAAAACUUAUAAAAACGACAUUGCCAUGAUAUAUCUGAAUGACUCUAUUCCAUGGACUUGGCCCACGGCAAAGGCUAUUAGUCUAAAUACAAAACUAUUGCCAGAAGCCAAAAUGUGCAAAACGACUGGAUGGGAAAGAACUGAAGAGAAUUGUACUCCCACCAAACUUGUAGCUGACACCCUGCCAAUCAUUUCCUAUGAAUCCUGUAAGGCACUUAAUGCAAAUGCGACACAAAGCGUGAUUUGUGGCGGUUGCGGCCGUGAUGAUGUUGAUGAAGAAUAUUGUCGCGAAGAUGCUGGUGCUUCCUUGGUCUGCGAUGACCAACUGGCUGGUGUAGGUUUUAGAGUUGAUAAAUGUGGCACAUUCUCCAAUCCAGGUGUAUUUAUGAAUGUUUCAGUUUACCAUGAUUGGAUCGUUAAGACUAAUAACACUUUUUAUAAUAAGAAUAGUGCCAAAGGCCUAGGUGCUUCUUAUGUGCAUAUGUUGAUUUUGCUAUGCAGUGUUUUCAGCUAUAAAUUGUUUUAGAUAAGUGAAAGUAUAAAAUUAUUGUGUAUUUGAAUAAAAGAGUUCUUAUAGUUAUAAA